CUGGUAUUACUAUGAGUUAAUAAUAACUUAGAACGUAAGGUUAUUGUUCUGUGUCAGUAUUUUAAAAACAUAUUUUACUAGAUUGUGUCAGUCUUACCUUUAAAUGUAACUGAAGAAACAGGAAUCUAUCUCAAAGUAAAGAAGGACUGAACCUAGGUCCUCUGGCAUGCAAGGUGAUUCCUCAUCCUGUGAGAUAAAGGGUUAACCCUCUAACUGUUGCUAAAUUUGUGGUUUCAGUCAUAAUUUCCAAGAUGGCCGAUGAAGAUACAAAAUAUUGUUCUAACUGCAAACGGGACAUAGCGAUCAGCAAUUAUGUUCUACACAGUGCCCACUGUCAGAGAAACAUUACAUUAUGUAGCAAAUGUCAUGAGCCAGUGCCACGGAAUGAGUUGGAAAGUCAUUGUAAUGAUGUCCACAAAACAGUCAUGUGUUCAAAAUGUGGAGAAAUGAUGGAGAAGGGGAAGCUAGAAGACCAUCAGAAAGAAAGCUGUUCUAAAAGAAAUGCAGCAUGCAAGUAUUGCGAAUUAGAAGGUUCUCUGGAUGAUGUCAGAGAACAUGAAACUUACUGUGGAAGUCGUACUGAGCCUUGUCCAGCAUGUGGUCAGUACGUUAUGAAAAAGAAUAAAGACAUUCAUGCUGGGAAUUAUUGCAAGCAGAUGUUGGAAGAGGAACUUUUAUCACAUGACACUGGGACUCUCAACAAUUGUCGAUCACAAGUACAAGAAAAAGCUGGCAACUCAGGAAAGCCCGUUGUUAGAAGAAACAAACUGAGAAAUGUAAGGGAGAACAGAUCCAGCAAUCAUCCAGUGGGAAUUGUUGAUAAACCUCCCCCAAGCCCAGCUUUCUCGGGCUCUCUCAGUCAUUCUCCUGAAACUAGAGAUUUGGAGAAUUUGGAUCAUCUUCUUGCUUGCCAGUUGGCAGAAGAAGAAUUGAACAAAGAUAAAAACUAUCAGAAAGGUUUGAAUGUCAACUUUUGUGAAGAUUAUGGAAACUUAUUGGAUGAUAACAAAGGAGAAAAUGAACCUAAUGAUUUUGUCAAAGGUGUACUAAAAGAAAGUUGUCUUUACCAUAAGAAACUAAUAAGAACAGAUUUAGAUCAUUUUCUGGCCACUGAGCUGGAAGAGGGAAAGCUUAUUAAAAAUCAGCAGCAUCCAAAACACAACAUCAAUCAGCAGGAUAAUUAUAAUAACCUACUUGAGUUUGAUACAUUUGGUGAUGGUGAUACUCUUUCUCAAUAUUCAAAGAAAAAUCAAUGGUAUGCUGAUGAGGUUGUGAAUCAAGACACAGCAAAGGAAGUUGUGAGCUUACCAUGUGAAUUUUGUGGACAGCAGAUUUCAGAAGAUGAUCUUAUACUACAUCAGAGUGGAUGUCAGAUUGAUCAACACAAUGAACAAGAGGUGAACACACGAGUUGAACAGGAGGAGGAACAAAAAACAAAGAACUUGUUUAGUAGAUUUGAAGCAUAUACAUCAUCCAAGAAAGAGCAAUACAAAAAAUGUGAUUCAGACCAUAGUGAAAUUAUUCCAUGUGAAUUUUGUAAAGAUCCUUUUUCUCUACAUGAAAUUGAAAGACAUCAGAGUGUCUGUAAUUCUAAUUCCUUGCUACCCUUGCUUCCGGACACGCUCUAUCCUCCUGCCUCUUUUUUAAGAGGGCUUGAUUCAGAAUCCGGUACUGGUGUUUCAGAGUUUCUUAAUUCUAAACAUCUUACAAAAGUUUCAACUCCUUUAGUUAACUUGAAUAUAAGAAGAAACUUUGAUCAAAAUAAAAUUACUAACAAGAAAAUUCCAGUCAACUCUACAACACCAUGUGGAGAAGCUGUAGGUUCUCUGGUACAUGUUAAUGGUUCUGGGAAGAAAAAAAAGAAAACAGAAGGCAUUGCUAAUUGUGAUAAUGAGAGAGAUGGGAGAUGGCAGUCUCGACAUAGGCAGGAAGGAAGAAGAGAAAUGAAUGUGGAAAGAGAAAAUAUUGGUAGAGUCAGACAAACAAAAUUGUCUAAUUCAUAUUUACAAGAGAUGAAAGCUAACUUGAAUCAUGUUCGAAUCCCAAAUGAAGAUCUUCUGCAUGUGGCAGGAGCCAGACCCAAAGGAGAUAAGUCCAGUAAUACAUCAGAAAAUAUCUUUUUGGAAGAGAAAAGCCAGCUUGUAACAAGGAAAGUCUAUAGAAAACCUAAUACUAAUGAUCCUCAGUCUUCAAAACAACACGAGUUUAUGAGUCACUCAGUAGAAGAUGAAGAAGAGAACUUACCAAGACAGCAGUACCCGGGUCAAAAUUACCGUGCAGGAUUUAUGGGGAAAACUAAGGUUCCCGAUGUGUAGACUUGUUGUAAUGACUACAUUAGGUGCCUUGUUUACCUGGCAACAGGUUUCUGUUUUGCCAUUUCAUUUGAUUUUAACAUGUACAGACUAUCUUUACAUAAUUCUGAUUUUCAGAAGAAGCACUUUGAUCUGUGUUCAAGAUUGCAGAAUAAUAAUUACACAUUUUCUUAAAGGGAUUUUUAAUAUCCUUGAAUUUCUGCAAGCUUCCAAUGCUGUAUGUAAGAAACAAAACAUUUGAAGUAUGUUCUUUCAACAUUUAUCCAGUCAAUCAUUUACAAUGACUUGCAAAUUGUUUAAAGAAUGGUAAAAGGAAUUUUAAUGAGUCUUCAGCUACAGGGUGAACUUGCAUUCCACAAAAUAUUCUUCUUUACUUAUAGUUCAAUGAAGUCGAUUAAAUGUGGUUUAAAGUCUGUAUCCUUGGUUUUGACCAUAAAGUUGUAAAAAAAAAAAACAUAAUUGAAUUUAAAUAAUGUUUUUUUUUGGAAUUCUGAUCUAUUUUGAACUUACUGAAUUAAGUGAAUGCUUGUAUCAAUAUAAAAGAUUUUUUUCUUAAUGUUACUGCAGAAAAUUUGGGUGAGAAUCCAAGGAAAAUUAACUUCUUCUGAAUUAAUAACCCAAGGUAACUCGGGUUGAACUUGGCACUGAAAUUUGGAAUUGUUUUUUUUCAAAUCUGGAAAUCCAUAUUUAGGUCAAAACAUUAUAUGUUAAUCUAAAAGUGUUUAACUUAAGGAUAACAUACAUUGAUUAUCAUUAAUAAUUUGAAGAAAACGACUAUGUUUGAACUAGAAAAUGCAUAGUUGCCAAGAUAACAGUGACUUAAGAAUUUAGUUUGAAUUGUAAUAUUGUAAAUUAUUCUUUAAGAAAUUUGUGCAAACUUAGAUGUUUCUGUCUUAAGUUAGAUAGCUUAUUUUGUUCUCUCCUACAGAACUAAUAAAUUUAUGUUAUCAACUGCAGAUGAAGAAA